AUGUACGUCUCAAAAACUUUGAAAAAAGGAAGCAAAAUGGAGUUACCUUUGGAAGAGGAGGAUGGCACUUUCACCAACAUUUCUUUGGCAGAUGAUUCAGACCAUCUCUCAGGAAUAUUCUCUUCAAAAGUGGAAAGAGCCCAUUCUACAAUGAUGAAUGCAGACAUGGAUGCUGUUGAGGCUGAGAAUCAGGUGGAAUUAGAAGAGAAAACACGGCUUAUUAAUCAAGUUUUGGAACUGCAGCACACACUUGAAGAUCUCUCAGCACGAGUAGAUGCUGUUAAGGAAGAAAACUUGAAACUGAAAUCAGAAAACCAAGUUCUUGGACAGUAUAUAGAAAAUCUGAUGUCAGCAUCUAGUGUUUUCCAAACAACUGACACAAAAAGCAAAAGGAAGUAAGGGUUGACUCACAGAUAAUGUCAUUGUAUUGCUGCUGUCUUUUUUUUUUUUGUUGUUUUAACUGGCAUAGGCUACUUGAGCUAAAAUACCUUAGUUUGUGGCUUUACUGGAUACCUGAAGAUUAUAAACUUUGUUGAUAAACAGAAUUAAGAACAUUAUCAUGAACAGGAGACAUAAGUUUGUGUAUCGUUAAGAUUAAGCAAUGUGCAAAUGUAGUGUAGAGACUUAACUUUUGUUUUUGUUUUAAAAAUGAGCAUAUCUUGUUAAAAAUUGGAUUCAGUUUGACAGGUUAAACAAAAGUCUGUUUGCACUCUUUGAGGUCUUAGGGUAGUGUUCUUGACUAGCAAAACAAUACAGUUAUAAUUGUGUUGAAACCUUAUUUGAUAAAAGUAGUUAAAGUCUAAUUGCAUCACAUUUUUCAUCUCAAGUAUAAUUAGAUUACUGCAUUGUACUGUCCAUAGCUCUGCAAAGCAACUUUAAACAAAAAACUAUAAACCAGUUAAGAAUUUCUGUGAAGUCGUAACAGUAUGACAUUAUUUGCAGGGCUUGUGUACUGAAAAACACUUCCGAUUUUUUUAGGAAGGGGUAGGGUAAGGAAAGGAAAAAGGAUAAAAGCAGUUUACAUCAGGGAAAUGCUGAACAUGCAGUAUCCGUGUUUGUAAGAUGUACACUUCAAACCAUUUUCACUUUCCUGUGUCCUCAGAGAAUGAUCAGGCACAGCAUCAUGAUGUAGGAUCUUCCUGAAGUUUUUCAGUUGUGAUGAAGAGUUAAAUAAAAACCUGAGUAAUAAGCUUUACAGAAACAGAAGGUCAGCGCUGUUCCUCAUGCUCAUUGUGAACAAUCUGCAGUGAGGAACUGAGAACAAGUCUUUACUUGCCACCUUUACUUUUCUCCUGAAGUGCCAAACUUGUCUUUGCUUCAGGCCUUAGAGCAGUUGUUUUCCUGCCCCAGAGCCUGAGCUUGUGAAGCACCUCCCGAGGCACUGCACAAAAACAUCUAAAACGAAAGAUUGCAGUGGAACAAAGGUCGCUUUUGCCUCUCAAGUCUCGGCUGCUCUGAGCAAUGCCUAGUGUCAAGGUGCCCUGUUUUUUACUGGCUUGGCUGUUCAGUAGCAGGUUUUGUAAAGAAGCUCAGCCCAGAUUAUGGGCCUGAGCACUUCCCCUAGCAGCAGUACAUCUAGCAUAAUCAGUGUAAGGGAGAGCAGAACAAUGCAAAUUAUAGCAGUACUCAGUUGCAUCUGUUUCAUCUUGCCAUACAGCAGCAUUGCAGACUUAAUUACGGAUGUUACCUAGAAAGUGAGGUCUGUCUCUUCAGUCAUGGAACCAUUGUACUUGACCUUUUAACAAAAGGAAACCACCAGUUCAAGGAUCUCUUUGAGCCUUGCUGUGAUGAAUUCUAUAAAAUAAAGCUGCAGGAAUUGAAUGAGUGGAAGUAAUAAUAGAAAAAAUCCCCCUCAAACCCCAAGUCUCUUGGCAGCUAAGCACUGCUGUCUCUCAAGUGUAAGCUGACAUUGUGAGGUUCCCCCCUCCCAAAGGGGACGUCUCCCAUUUCUCCCCAUUUAAGAUGACUGUACAGCACUCACUAGAGUGUCAGCAAAGUAAAAUGAUUGCACACAGAGCACUAACAGUUUGGUCUUGGGGGCUGUUUACAAGCCUGAGUCAAGAAACCUGAUGAUGUAAAAAGUUUUACCCACCAAGGCACAAAUGGCCGAUACCAUUUGUGUCAUGGGGUCCUGUAAACAUCCAAAAUUAUUUUUAAUCUUCUAUGGACUACACUUUCACUCUACUGCCUAUCCGGAACUCUAAUUGCUAGUAGGUAGAGUAGAUCACAUGGUUAGUCCAGGGUUUAAGCAUUAAAAAAAGAACAAUCACACCAAGCACUUGACUUCUCAACAUGGCACCGCAUUACAGCCAUCCUCGCUUUAAAGCCAUGUUGCUGCACAUCACCAUCUGCACUGCAGGAGGUCAAGUGGUAACACAGCAUGUGCUUGUUAGACUUCAGCAAUUUCCCUGAGAUCAAGUAAUCUUAAAAUCAUAGUUUUGUAUUGUAAGAUUGGAUAGUGUUAUUUUAUCCAUCAGUGUAUAUAUAGCAGUCAUUUCAUCUCUGUACCAUUUUACAUCCCACUACUGUGGCCUUCAUUUAACUUAAGAACAUUUUAAAGAUGUUGUAUUUCUGACUUUACACUAAUAAAAACUUUUGAUUUGUCUCGA